AUGCCUUCAGCACCAAUGUCUUCGACGCGACGUGGCAGUGUCGCCGCUGUCACAUCGUCACCCAUGCACGACGACGCGUAUUCGACAGCCACCACCUCCAACAAACAGCGCAGACUUAGUAGUUACGCUUCCCAGCGCUUGAGAGGUAAAUCCUCACGCUUCUCAACACUGACUGUACUGCUCUUGGUCCUACUCGCGGCGCUCUUCCUGGCACCCACCGCUUCAGCAUCCGAAGGCGACCGUUCGCCCGAAUACCGUCUCUGCGUCAACUCGUGCACAGCCGACGUGUGCCGAGACAACGUCGACGACGGCACCAUGCUCGCGCAUCGGCUGCCCUUCAUCCUCCGCCUCACACGCUGGACAUGCGAAGACGACUGCAAGUACCACUGCACCCACCGCGUUACCAACGACGCCGUAGAACGCGUCCACAAGAUCCAGCAUGAUGCACGUCUCGAGGUCGAGCAACUCGCAAAAUCCCAACCCAUCUCUGCCUCGGCCAAAGCAGAGCGUAUCCGCGGCAUCGUCGAGACCCAAAUGUCCGCGCUGCGUCCCGUGCAGAAGCAGAUGGUGCAGUUCCACGGCAAGUGGGUGUUCAUCCGCUUCUUGGGCGCACAGGAGCCCUUGUCGGUGCUGUUUAGUCUGCUUAACUUGAAGGUGCACUGGAAUGCGCUGUUCAUGAUGCGCAAACAGCUGCCGGAUGCGUUUCCGUUGAAGCUGGUCUACAUCGUCCAUACGCUUAUUAGCAUGAAUGCCUGGUUGUGGUCCGCCGUCUUUCACACCAGGGACAAGAACUGGACCGAGAAACUGGACUAUUUCAGCGCAGGUUCGGUCAUCAUGUCGGCCUUCUUUUUCAGCGCUACUCGGCUGUUCAGGAUUGCUCCGGGGAGCGAUAGAUUCGCGCUCUUAAGGAGAGUGUGCAUGGGUGCAUUGGGACUGCAUGUGCUCUACCUCAGUAUUGGGCGCUUCGACUACGCCUACAACAUGGCGGCCAACGUCGUGGUCGGCUUGAUCCACACUCUGCUGUGGUUGGCGUACUCGCUUCGACCGACGACGUUCCCGUCCAACCCGCUGGUCGAUCGCACGGCCUACUCUCGCGCGGCGAUGCGCGCAGCCAAGCCGUCGCUCUCGGCGCUCUCGACGCCGGCGCCGCUUAGCAACGGCGCAGCUACACCGCCCGUGCCUGUCUCCACCAACAUCGGUCCACCGAGUUCACACCCGAAACAGCGUCGUCGGCUGCAGCUCAUCCUCGGUCUCAUGUCGGCAUCCGUGUUGCUAGAGCUGCUCGAUUUCCCGCCCAUCCUGCGUGUUCUGGAUGCGCAUGCGCUGUGGCACCUGGCCACAGUGCCCAUCACCAAGAUGUGGUACGAUUGGCUCGUCAACGAUGCGAAGGAGUGCGUCAGCACCGGAUGGUGGCUCUCGGACCGCUCGGUCGGAGUGCAGGGUGGAGAGCUCGCAUCGACGUUGGAGCAUCUGAGCGAGAAACUCAAGGGCAGAGCGGCAAGCUUGGCGCAGAACAUUGAGCUGAAUGUGUUGACGAGCAAGCUCAACGACUUGGCGAACAAGGCCGGAUUCAGUGGCAGAGUUGGCAGUGUGAAUGGGAACGCGGGCGCGAGUGGCGGCUUGAAUGGCGCUAGUGGAUUGGGGUUGGACAUGGUCGAACAGCAGCAGACGGUUCAUGGCGGAGUGGCAACCAGUACAAGUAUUGUAUUGGGGUCAACCUCGUUGACCGACCGUGAUGCAGCUGGUGCUAGUGGUGGUAGCGGCGGCAUCGGCACGGGCAAGGCGAAGAACUGGUAG